AUGAAAGCGAUAGUCACAAACCGGUUCCUACCCAAGCGGUUGCUCAGCUUUGCUCUUGGGAGGUCACUUGGGAAUGGUGCACUGAUUGCAGAUAUCCCGAUCCCGCAAAUCACUGAAAACGAGGUCCUGGUCAAAGUAUGUGCGGUCGCCCUAAAUCCAAUAGACUUCAAGGACAUCGACUUCGUUUCUCCACGAAAUAGUGUUGCCGGCUGCGACUAUGUGGGCCUGGUGACCAAGGUUGGGAAGAAUUCAGCACAACGUUGGAAAGUUGGGGACAGGAUAGCUGGCUUUGUUCAUGGCGGACAGUACCCUGAUGUGGGCUCCUUUGCUGAGUAUCUCAAAGUCGACGGAGAUCUCGCUUGGAAAGUGCCUGAGACAAUGAGCUACGCUGAAGCAGCUACCUACGGAGUUCCAGCAGCUACGGCGAUGCUUGCGCUCGCAUAUCUUGGCAUUCCCUGGGCAGAUAUCGAGAAGGGGCGCGACCUCCACACCAAUCAAUCGCCGUUCCUCGUUUACUCGGGCGGUUCGAAUGUCGGUCUCUUCGCGAUCCAGCUAGCGAAAAGGGCGGGUCUAAAGGUCGUUGUAACAGCAUCGCCCCGUUCCUUUGAUCUUGUGAAGCGAUAUGGUGCAGAUGCUGUCUAUGAUUACCGAUCUCCAACAGCAGCCGCAGAAAUAGCCAAAGCGUAUCCAAGUAUUACAAGAGCUUUGGACUGUUUCUCCGAGGGAGGUUCCACCGCGUUUUGCGCCAGUGUGAUGAAAUCGGGCAAAGUGAUAAUGUUACUUGACCGAGGGCAGCCGAAGAAACCAGAUAUCGAGUAUAAAUCUCUAAUGGUCUUCACUGUCUUCGGUCGGCAGUUUAGCAUAUUGGCGCCACUAGGUCCUUCAUUUCCGGUCGUCCCGUCUGAUCGCCAGGCUCUCCAGCAAUUUUAUGCUGCUCUACCAAAACUGUGUCAUGAUGUUGUCAAACCGCCACCUAUCACAAACACACAAGGUGGAUUCAGGGAGAUUUUCGAGGACUUGAACAAGCUCCGGAAGGGAGAAGCUCGAGGUACCAAGCUUGUUGUGGAAUUUGAAUGA